AUGUCGCUCUUCCUCGACGCGGUGUUGCGGUGGGUCGAAGGCGGCAACGACUUUCACGUCUCGUACAUCCGCGGACAGCUCCAGCCGCUCUUGCCGCCGGGAACCGACGUGAGCAAGCUCGUCGACGCUGUCGUGGCGGCGCUGCGUCAAGAUGCGCGGCUCGUUGGACGCAAGCCCAGCGCCGCGCCGUCGCUCGGCACGUUGACGCCACGCGCUAAUAUCAUGGAGCCCGACACCGCGCUUGCGUAAUCACCACCAAAAAUCAAGUUGUCUG